AUGGAACAACCAGCCAUCACGUUGCUGAAAAAUUUGAAUCUCAACCAGGAUGACUAUACCAUCAAAGUUCGCAUUGUCAGACUAUGGAGUCGAGCAGCCUUCAAUGAUCCUCGAAAGGUUUAUUGCUAUGAUAUGAUUUUAAUGGACGAAGAAGGGAUGAAAAUUCAAGCCUUUGUCUUAGCCAAGACUGCAAGAGAGUAUGAACAUUUGUUGAAGGAGAAGCAAUGUUUGUUCAUCCGUAAUCCUUCAUUAGGCGAGAAUCGACAGAAAGUGAAGUAUGUUCAUAUUCCGACGAAGAUUAAUCUAAACAACAACGCAAUAGUUUCGGUUUGUGAUGAACCUGUUGGUACUGAGUGGGGAUUCGACUUUUCUCCUUUUAGUUCUGUUGUUGAAGACCCGACUGACGACAACAAGUCCUUUAAAAGUCCUAUUGACGUAAUUGGUUUUGUCGUUAAGAGUUUUCCUUAUGAUCUAAAAGAGGAUACCAAAGACGAGAAACAAGAAAAGAAGCUAACAUUCAUGCUUCAGGAUUUAGAAGGGAAGCAAAUAUAUGUUACUCUUUGGGAUGCUUAUGCUGAACAGAUAUUGGAUUUUGAAAGGGACAAUCAAGAUGAAAAAAAUGUCGUUGUAAUUGUGCAAUUCGGAAAAUACAGGUUCUGGGGAGGGUAUCUUUAUGUUUCAAAUCUCUACACUGUCACUCGCGUGUUGAUCAACGCUGAAAUUGAUGACAUAUUAACUUUUAAGAAGAGGUUCCUUUCAAACAUUACCCCUGAAACGUCUUCCACCUUUUCUAGAUUGAGUUCCUCCAGAAUAAAGGAUCCUACUGAAGAGUAUCUUUCAGAUUUUCAGUUCAGUACUAUUGGAGCUUUAAAUCAAAUUUCGGAGUUUGUAAUUAUUGUCGGAACUAUAAAGAGUUUUGCUUCCGAGGAUUCUUGGUUUUACAAUGCUUGCAGAAAUUGUAAUCGAGCAGUCACCACAAAAACAAUUUCAAAAGAAAAGCAAGAUGGUUCCGAUGGUUUUGAAGAUAUUGUGGUUCUGGAGUGUAAGGACGAUGGCUGUAACAGAUCAGGGUUCUGA